CCUGGGACAUGUAGGAGGCACAAGACAACACUGUUCAUACACCUCUAGUUUACAGUCCACACACGAUCCGUGGACAUGCUUGCACCGUUUUGCAAUUUGUGUCACUCCAGUUUGUUUCCUGGGGACACGGUGCACAAAAUACCAUCAGAGCAAGAAAGGAAACUAAGAAAAUUGAACCAAAUUUAAAAUACUGGAGUGAGGAAACAACUUUCGAAUCAACCGGAAAUGCAAUUAUUGGAUUAAAUUAACCGAAAGUGCACUAAAGCGUCAGGUUUGGCGGGAUCAGCAAGUCUCGGGAAUAUCAACCAGACACGUUCGAUCUUCAGCAGAUUCCUCCCUUUGUCUUCUCAUCCAUAAAUACAUCUAAGCGACUUAAACGCGACUACUUUUGUAAAAAAAUCUCCAAAUAAAAAAAUGAUGCUUUAGAAUUAACGAAAUUAAUCAAGAAAGGUUCACAUACAGGGCAUAACAAUGUAAGAAUAACCACAAAGAAUGUGCCGGAAUUCGUGGCUUGAGUGUUGACUCUUAGAACUAUUCAUGGUGCUCUGAGGAGCGCAUGAAAAGCGAGGUAUGGAAAGAUCAGUGCUUGGGACGUUAUUUUAUAUUUUAUCCUGUUUUUGUGUAACCAUUUAUGGACAUGCAAGGCUAUGGGAGCCCCCAGGAAGGUCCUCAAUGUGGAAACGAGGUUUUCCUACACCUGUUAACACAAAUGACAACGAACUCAACUGUGGAGGAUAUCAGAACCUUUGGAUAAAAUAUAAUGGAAUGUGUGGGAUUUGUGGAGAUCCAUACCAGCAGCACCCACGCGAGAACGAGGCUGGCGGGAAAUACGCUACUGGUCUGGUGUCACGUCAUUACAAAACCGGUGACAUCGCCACAUUUGCUGUAGACGUCACUGCCAAUCACGAAGGUUAUUUCGAGUUUCGGCUUUGUCCUGCAGAUGGCGCUGUGACUCAAAAAUGUCUGGAUAGCUAUCCGGUUCCGGUUAUCGGUCACCCGUAUGGUCGUUAUCACCUCAAGACGCACGAGAACGGGAUCAUUGAAAUGCAGGUCAAACUCCCCACCGGUUUGGCAUGUGACAAAUGUGUCCUUCAGUGGCGAUACCGAACGGGUAACCGUUGGAACUGUGACCGGGAGUCCGGUAAGUGUGGGAAGGGUUUUGGCCCGCAGGAGGAGUUUUACGGCUGCGCUGACAUUUCAAUUUUAGACUUCCAUUUAUCCAUGAAACCUCCUGUUUCGAAACCAGUUACUACAGUUCGACGAAAGUCCGGUCGGAUUCGUAAACCUGGCGUCACGGAGGUCAAAACACCGACGAAAGCCGUACAAGUCCGAAACAACAUCCUGCAUAGGACAUUUCAACCGGAGAAAAAGGCAUUCAGCCCAAUCAGACGCAAGUCCAGUCGGAUUCGACCAUCUGACGUCAGGGAGAUUAUAAAUCCAAGGAAAACUGUACAAGUCCGAAACAACAUCUUACAUCGGCCACUUAAACCAGUGAAAAGGGCAAAAAUUCAUAAAAAGCCAACUUCAAAAACAGUUCGCAAAGGCGAACAAUUGAAUGAUUUAGGUGGCGUUUUAUGGAAACUUUUGAAAAGUUUGACGAAUCGGGAUUCGAAUGGGCGAAACAUUGCAUUGGUCGAGUGGGACCCCGUAAGUCACUCCUAUCAGUCGGACAUUGUUUACGUACGUCCAAGAGAAGCCCACACUGGACAGACUGACCGCCUUUCUGUCAAUAAUGUGCGGUCAAAUUGGCCCCCGGUGCGGCCCAUGAUCGUGGAAGCUUCUCUAGACAAACCACAGACUGGCCCGGUCAUUUUGUCCGAGUCGCCAUUUGACCAAGUUAUUAAGAAAAAUAUAUUGCCAACAGCUUUCGGAAAUUUGAAAAACAUUUCAACUUGUCAAGGAGUGAACAAUUUUGCCAAAGUGUCAGGCAUUGCAAAGUGGUGCACAGUCAACUGUAAAGCCGGAAACUGUCCGCCCGUGAUGUGCACGUGCAGUAGGCAUAUCAAUAGCGUGCCCAUAGCGAUUAGGCCUGAUACGUCAAUCAUACGCCCCGUCCGUCCACUCUUACAAUCCAGGGUACAAACCAAUCGUAUUUCUCAUAAAACACAACCUAGUACCACUUCCGGUGUGUUACGCUGUAAAGGAAGCGGCCAUUUUGCACGCGACCGGAAGAUUUUAGCAUGGUGCAACUCGAAUUGUAACAAAGGGUUCUGUCCGAAACACAUGUGCGUUUGUAUAUAGAUGUUUAUUUAUAAUAUCAGUACUCGGAAUCUGCAUUAACAUUCGAAAUCGCCGCCAAUUCCUACAUCAUCAUCGACCAUGGGCGGACAUUCUCUCACUUUCAUAGGUGUUUAUUUUUAUAUUUAAGUGUCCAGUACAAUGUCUAGCUAUUUAAAGUAUAAGAGAGGCCUUUUUAUUGUCAACUGCUUGUUGGCUUACGAAAGACUGCAUAAGGCGAGAUUCAACAGACAUUCCGGUGGUACAAGUAAAACGGGAUACGUCAUUGACACAAACCUCACUUUGAAAUAUACAUAUAACGUAAUAAACUCGAACUUUUCAAAUCAAAA